GAGUGUCCUCUUGUGGACGAAUCAGAUUCCUCCUCAGCACCAACUUCAAGAGGUGAGCCAGGGGUUGGGGGCCCAGACACACAGGCGGCAGUGGCGGCAGCAGCAGCAGCAGCAGUAGCAGCAGCAGCAGCAGCAGGAGCCUUGGGGAAAGAGCCAGAGCCAUGGAAGACCAGCGCGACCUUAUCUCCAACCAUGAGCAGACGCCCAUGCUGACCCAGCGCCCCGGGGCCCCAGAGAGGAAUUGCAACCGCGGAGCCCUGUACACAGGCUUUUCUGUCCUGGUGGCUCUGCUCCUGGCGGGCCAGGCCACCACCGCCUACUUCCUGUACCAGCAGCAGGGCCGGCUGGACAAGCUGACGAUCACCUCGCAGAACCUGCAGCUGGAGAGCCUGCGCAUGAAGCUUCCCAAGCCUCCCAAGCCCAUGAGCAAGAUGCGCAUGGCCACCCCGUUGAUGAUGCAGGCGCUGCCCAUGGAAGGCCUGCCCCAGGGGCCCAAGCAGAAUGCCACCAAAUACGGCAACAUGACAGAGGACCAUGUGAUGCACCUGCUCCUGAAGGCCGACCCCCUGAAGGUGUACCCGCAGCUGAAGGGGAGCUUCCCAGAGAACCUGAAACAUCUGAAGAGCACCAUGGAGACCCUGGACUGGAAGGUCUUUGAGAGCUGGAUGCACCAGUGGCUCUUGUUUGAGAUGAGCAAGAACUCCAUGGAGGAAAAGCCCACUGAGGCUCCGCCAAAAGUACUGACCAAGUGCCAGGAGGAGGUCAGCCGCAUCCCCGCCGUCCACCCAGGCACGUUCCGUCCCAAGUGCGACGAGAACGGCAACUAUAUGCCGCUCCAGUGCUAUGGGAGCAUCGGCUACUGCUGGUGCGUCUUCCCCAACGGCACCGAGGUCCCCCACACCAGGAGCCGUGGGCACCAUAACUGCAGUGAGCCACAGGACAUGGAGGACCUGUCUUCUGGGCUGGGCCUGACCAAGCAGGAGCCGAGCCUAGUCGUGGCGUGAGAACAGCAGAGGCGGUCUCCAGCACCCAGCCAGCCUGCACGGCCACAGCUUUCUUGUUCCCCUCUGCCCCCCAACUCUAGCCCCUCCCCCCUACCUACCCUCACCCCCUGCACCUCAUUCCAUGAGACUCUGGCGCCUGGCUCUCCAUCAUCCUUGGACUUGAAAAAUCAAGUCACAACAGCACAGAGGCAGCAGGGCCCUGCUGCCCAAUCCUCACCUGUCAACAGAGAUGCAACGCCAGGGUGGACCAAAAGCUAGGUAGACCUCCAUUUCUGACAUCACAGCAGCCUCCAGCAUGGGGCUCUGAGAUCCCAUGGAUGAGGUGGAAAGGCACGGGGAGAAGGGACAACCCUGACCCAACCCCAGGCUGGACACAUUUGCUGCCCACCUCUGCCCUCUUCCCCCACGACCCUCCUCACUCUCUGCCAACCUAGUGCCCUCUGCUCAGCCAUGCUUGUCAUCACCCUCAGGGCCACAGCUCAUGUAAGAAUAAAAGGUAGUGAGUAGAA